CUGGAGCAGAAGAAGGCCUAAGCAAGGCCUAACGCCUGGGCCGUUCGGGUGUCGAGUCUCGCAUCCCACCGAUGGAGAUCGUGAACGCGACGACCUUCUUCGUGAAGACCUGUCGGCUCGUCCUCGAGGAUCCGGACGAGGGCAGGCCCCACGUGCGGGAGCUGUGCGAGCUCCUGCCCUGCUUGAGGGAGUCGGUCUCAUGCACGGUGUGCGGGGGGAUCCUCGCCGACCCGCUCACGCCGACGGACACCGCGUGCCAGCAUCACGUCUGCCGGGGCUGCCGGGGAGGGAAGAAGUCUCUCAGACCGUCGUGUAGUUGGUGUAGGGACUACAGCAAGUACGUGGAAAAUGUGGCUCUGGGGUCGCUGAUUCAGUGUUUUCGCAAGUUUUGUGUGUAUCUCAAAACCACCCCAUUGUAUGAUGAACUGUGUUCGAGUUCCCAGAACGUUGGAGCCAAAGUUGUUUGUGAUAUAGUUCAAGAGGCGGUAGGCCUCGGUUCGGAUGCAGGUGCCCAUAGAUCACGGCUGGGAGCCAAGAAUGCGGGGAGAGCCAGGGUUUACAACAGACCCAGGCUCUCCAACACCCAUGCGGGGUCCACAGCAGGACCGAAGACUCAGGCUGCAGGACGAGGAGGCCAAGACGAAACCCACAAUCAGCCCCACGGACGUACGCGACAGAGCAGCAUCACUGUUGAUGUGGAGGGUUCCGUGAACCACACAUAUCAGACUACCUGUGCGAGGUUGCGGCGGCCUUCCAGGACGAGUCCAAGGCUCCGGUCGUUGCAGGCCCCACCCGAUGAUGGAAUGAAAGAAAUUCCAGUUCGGCCCGGCAGAUCGGACGGAACUUCUCGUCUCGAAAGUGCAGCAGACACAAAAAUGGUUCAGAGGGAACCAGAUCUUCCUGUUGCCUCGAAAGAGGAGUCCAGAGAUGAGCAUAAGGCCAUUUGGGAGACCUUGCCAAGUACAACUCACUCCUUGCUGAAUUCAGCCAGGCCCAUUGGGCUCUUGAGCUCGUACAGUUCAGAGGUGAUAAGACCUAAUGCCUGCAGUGUCGGAGUCGAGACGAAACCGAACGACCUGGGAGAAAUCCGCAGCACAAAGGGACUUCCUCUGAACUCUGUUCCGAAGUCUGAAGAGCCCAAAUCAAAGCAGGUUUAUGGGAAGCCGAUGUGUCAGUCUUCAUCAAUCCUCCUGAAAUCUCCUUCACAUGUGUCGCUAGGCCCCAUGCACAUGGCACAGGGCACGUCCAGACCGAUUAAGAUCUCCAGCAUGACAUCAUCAACGGUCAGCUUGAGCCCGGCGUCAUCGGUGACAUUCUGUCCCAUCAGCGUGCGGACGAAGACGGAGCCCCAGACGACGACGGUCGUGCUGGGCAUCCCGAGCUCCACCAACUGGGUCACAUCGACUCAUGUCCAGGACAGGGUGAAUCAGGUUGGCCUCGCAUUCCCUGCUCCUACCAUCCGGGCCAAGGCAGUGACAUCCCAUCAGGCCUGUCAAUCCAACCGAGCCACACCUGUUCGCAGACACACGUUGAUUCCCCAGCUUCUGUCCACGGGAUGCCAAGGAGACAGCAGUUCGGGAUCUGAAUCGAACGAUCCCGAGUCCCCUUCCAAGAAGGAGAAGAAAUCAAAGCCCCGACCGAAGCGAAAAGGAUGCCGCUGUGGGAAUGCCACCACAUUCCCCGGAAAGCUCACUUGCUGUGGCCAGAGAUGUCCCUGCUAUGUUGAGCACAAGGCAUGCAUGGAGUGUAAGUGUCGUGGAUGCCGGAAUCCAUACCGCACGGGCGGAAAGAAGGUGCGGCCACACAUCCCACCGAUGGAGAACAUCCAGGUCCAUGUCCCUCCGAGCCCACCUUCCAAAUAUUCUGGUACUGACGACCUAGAGGAGUCUGGAAUGGACACUGACCAUGACGAACGCAAGUCGUUCUUCCUCAAUCAAGGAGAAGCCAGUUGGGCAUUUACACCUCUGAUGGUCGAGAAUGGCAGCAGCACUUAUCUCAGUUUGGAGGGCCUGACAGCGCUGGAAGCAACAGAUGAGGAUCUUGUCUCCUCCCAUCAUGAACGGGUUCCUGAAAUCCUCUCAGACAUCCCAUGAAACCCACAUCUGUAAGUCAGCGUGUCGGUGUCCGUGUCGACUGGGAUCCCAUCAUCCUUGAUCCCUUUGUACCAUGCUGUAUCUUUUGUGUCAUUUGAGAACAAAGACUGUGAAAUAAUGGUCCUCAGGUUUUGUGGCUUUAAUUUUUCAUGUCUUGCC